GGUCGAACGAAUGACUUGACACUUCAUUGCUUGACAGUUGACACACAGCCGGUGGUUAAUGUGGUUUGAGUUUUUGUUUGCAAAGGGGCAAAGGGCGAAGGAAAGAAGAAAAUUAGAAAAUAUUUUGUGAUUCUUUCUAUUCUCGGAUGUGAAAGAAAUUUCGUUUAUGGUCUGGAUUGGGGCCAAAGAAAUUUGCACUGAUUACUUUUACGUGUUUGUUAAGUGUUUAUUGUCAAACGUUCAAAUGGCUGGAGCUGGUGAUCGUCAUUUAUAUACAAACAAUGAUACCAGCAGUGAUACAGAAGAUUAUACUGAUGAUCGUAGAAGAAGGGUGUUCAAGAAUCGUCUCAGUUAUGGAUCAAUGUUGAAGCCCAAGUCAUGUUUAGUACAAAGGUCCAUGUCCCUAAUGGAAACUCGGUGCCAUUCUGUAGCUACGCCUAAGCAAUGUAACCCUCGCAAUAGGUCAAGACUCACAACUCUGGAUGCAAGAGUUGUGUUGCAACCAAACAGUUCCAACAAGCCAAAUACUCAAGGAAACAAUCCAGGGAAUAUGGCUAGUGAAGACAGAGUGACCCUUGUGGUUGAUAAUACAAGAUUUGUGGUUGAUCCAGCUAUUUUCACAGCUCAUCCAAACACAAUGCUAGGGAGAAUGUUCAGCUCAUCAUUGGAUUUCACUCACCCCAAUGAGAGAGGGGAGUAUGAGGUUGCUGAUGGUAUCCCAGCUUCAGUUUUCAGAGCUAUUAUGGAGUUCUACAAAGGGGGACUGAUCAAGUGUCCCCCCUCAGUGUCUGUACAAGAACUAAGGGAAGCUUGUGAUUAUCUGCUGGUACCAUUUGAUGCUCAUACAGUACGCUGCCAAAAUCUGAGGGGGCUUCUCCAUGAACUAUCUAAUGAAGGUGCAAGGUGCCAAUUUGAGGUUUUCCUGGAGGAACUAAUUUUGCCUCUGAUGGUUAAUUCUGCCCAAAGGGGGGACCGUGAGUGUCACAUAGUUGUCCUAUUAGAUGAUGACACUGUAGAUUGGGAUGAAGAGUAUCCUCCUCAGAUGGGAGAGGAAUAUAGCCAGACUGUCAACAGCACUGCCAUGUACAGGUUUUUCAAGUACAUUGAAAACAGAGAUGUUGCCAAACAGGUUUUGAAAGAUAGGGGGCUGAAGAAAAUCAGACUGGGAAUAGAAGGAUAUCCAACUUACAAAGAAAAAGUGAAGAAAAGACCAGGUGGUAGAGCAGAAGUGAUUUACAAUUAUGUCCAGCGGCCCUUCAUCCAUAUGUCAUGGGAAAAAGAAGAAGCAAAAAGUCGUCAUGUGGACUUUCAAUGUGUGAAGUCCAAAAGUGUGACAAACCUAGCAGAAGCUACUGCAGACCCUGCCCUGGAAUUGGAUUCUAGAGGCAAUCCUAUCUCUUCUUCUAUGGCCCAACCGGUUAUGCCAUCUGAUGGCCCCAUGGGAGUUGAAAAUGAAGAAGGGGCUGUGGGGGGUAUCCCUGAUCUUGAUGCCAAUAAUUUGCCACCAGAAGAACCAAAUUUGUAAGAGACACUCUGCUGCUUUUUGUUUGUGACAGCAGGUCUUGUUGAUGUUUUUGAGUGUGUACUUACAGAUUAUUGCCCUAUGACUGGAUUUCAAAGUGUUUCAAAAUUGAAGAGCCAUAGUCAUUAUUUUUUGCAUAGUCCAAAAAUCAAUUUAUUGGUACUUUUAUUGACUGGAUAUUGAUUGAUGUGUCUGUAUCCAUAGUUCAUGAUAUAGAAUUUGAAUUCAUAAACAAUUUUGAAGUGCAGCCAAAAUUGAACUGUUUACAAAUUUACAGAAACAAAAAAAUAGUUGUUACCAUUAUCAUUUUGAAGUUUAUCUUCCAGGUUGAUUUUCUCUAAGAGAAUUGAAUGAAUAUGUAUUCCUGUUAUCCCCAACCCAUGAUGUUGCUUUACUAUAAAAUACCUAGUCUAAGAUUUUGUACUUCAUUUAUUAAAAAAAAAGGAAAUAAAUGUGAUUAAAUGCUCUCUUGUUGUUAUUUAAUUAUUCAGGAAUACCUUAUUUACUAGGAGAAUUCAAUGGUUCUUGUAAUCGAAAACAAUCACUAACUAUCUUCCACUUAUCUCCUUGUGCUGUCACAAUGAAAUUCUGUUGGAAGGUUUUGGGAGUCUUAUCUUGAUAUCUGACUGUUCCACUAACUUGAAUCAUGAAAGUUAGCUGGCCAUUUACUGCAGAA